UAGUACGCACCCUUUUUUUUUUUUCGUCUUGUUGAGAAAAAUCGUAUAAAAUGUUCCCCUUCUUUGUUUCUUUUUAUUUUUUUAUUUUUUUAUUUUUCUUUAUCUAACAUGGACUUGCCCUUUUUUCAUAAAGCAGGCGUAAAGACAAAAAAGUCAAGUAUUCUCAACGACUCUUCUUCUUCAGCUUAUCCUAGACUUUCUUCUUUAAUACAGACCAGUAUUGCUGAUGAGCCAAUCCUAGACAACUCAGAAUCCCUUACACCAGAAGACAUAGAUGAGAACUUUUUCUAUAAACAUAUCACGACUCAUUUUCACUCGUUGUUUUGUGACUCAGCUAUAGUGUGUAUCCCACACUCUAAAUCCAUUCAAGGCCUGGUCAUGACAAAAGAUAUCAUUGAAUCACAUUGUUUUCAGCCAUCUCCUUAUUUCUGCGGUCAAUACGUUGCUACGAAGCAAAAACAGAAAAUCAUUGCACUGGACUUUCCUAUCAUCACAACGAUUCUAGGCUUUAAAGAAGAACGUACAGUGCAUAUCAUGGAAGAAGAAACAGUGUAUUUGAAGAACAAAAAAAUCAGAUUGUUCUCGAUUGACAGAUUAUUAGAAGGUGAUCCUCCCACAUACCAACACUUUCAAAAGCAUGCCAUUACUAUUCCGCCUGUUCGUAACUCUAGAACUGAUUUAGAGUUCUUGAAUAUGUUUUCCGAAAAUUUGGAAGCUCUUUAUGAAUUACAAUUGGCUGUACAAGAAUUCACUGACUCCUAUGUAUAUAUCAAAGGUUAUAACAAAGCGACUGUAGAGAGAAUACAGCAUAUGUAUAUGAAGACAUACAGAACCAUAUUAGAAAGAAAUACCUUGUUACAAGAUUCAUGCCGUACACCUUCUGAACAUGAUCGAUUUUUAGAACUGGUUGAAAAUGUAGUGAUGGGAUUUUUACAUAAAAAGAUUUGGGUUCAAUCUUUACAAUCUUUACUUGCUUCACACGACCGCUAUGUAGACACCAUUUGUGAUUGCUAUUCAGAUGUCGAACUCUCUCAAUACUCACUUCGAUAUCCUAUUUCAGAAAUGCGUGCUUCUGAUUUCAAACAAGCCAUUGACACCUUGAGACAAUUGGAUUCCAAUGAUCAUAUUGAACCUUACACAUCCACAUUGAAGCAUAUUGCUUUUACGCCUCUUGAAAAACUAGCGGUGGUCAAGACAACCUUGGACCACAUCUCCUCAGCGGUGCAUGAUUAUAUACAGGGUACAGGCAAUGGCAUGCAUGGUAAGUCCUACAGAUGUAGACAGGCGCCCCUAACAUGUUCAAGAUACUUCGGUGACAUCGGAUGAAAUGAUUCCUUUACUUGCCUAUAUUAUUGUACAGAGUCAUGUACCACGUAUUGCCAGUUCGAUUUAUUACAUGCAGCAUUACCGAUUAGCUCGUAUGGUAGAGGGUUCUGUCUAUAGUUUUGUCGUCACAACCAUGAAGACAGCCAUUCAAUUCUUAAAAGAUGAUCCUCUCUUUUUACUCAACCAUCUGUCUCUUAUCCAUACUCGGUCUACUUCUCUUGAUGUUCAACAGAGUACGGAGCCGGUGACACCAUCCUGUCAUCGCAAGACACAAAGUGCUGAUCUCUACAGCACGGUUGAACCCUCAGACACACAUCGACGCAACUCUGCUAUUCUGAGACCCCAUAUUGUGUUGCCUAAUCCACGCCACCAUGAUCACCGAAAAAGCCUAGAAAUUCCUCAUGAUUGGUUACUGCCUACACAUACCAUGGAAGAAAAGCAACAACAGAUACCUUCUCGCCACUUGGCU